AUGCCUUCAAUACCCGAAGAGCCAAUCCUAGCACCGAACCCAGAUCGGUUCUGCAUGUUUCCAAUUCAGUAUCCCGAAAUUUGGGAAAUGUACAAGAAAGCAGAGGCCUCGUUUUGGACGGCGGAAGAGGUCGAUUUGUCCCAGGAUAUACAGCACUGGGAAAAAUUGACCGAGGACGAGAAGCAUUUCAUUAAGCACGAUUCGGAGGAGAAGAAUAUGCUUUUCCACGCAAUCGAGACCAUUCCUUGUGUGGAGAAGAAGGCCAAGUGGGCCCUCCGCUGGAUCGACGGAUCAGAAUCCUUUGCCGAGCGUAUACUCGCCUUCGCUUGCGUUGAAGGGAUUUUCUUCUCGGGAAGCUUCUGCGCAAUAUUUUGGCUAAAAAAGCGAGGAUUAAUGCCUGGAUUAACUUUCUCGAACGAGUUAAUCUCGCGAGAUGAGGGUUUACACUGUGAUUUUGCGUGCUUGCUUUACAGCCUGCUGAGGAUGAAACUGAGUGAGGAUCGAGUCAAGGGACUUAUUGCUGACGCGGUAGAAAUUGAGAGGGAAUUUGUUUGCGACGCCCUUCCUUGUGCCCUGGUUGGGAUGAACGGUGAUCUGAUGAGUCAGUACAUUGAGUUCGUAGCUGAUCGACUGUUGAAUGCACUUGGUUACAGCAAAUUAUACAAUGCGCAAAACCCAUUUGAUUGGAUGGAAUUGAUCAGUUUGCAGGGGAAAACGAAUUUCUUUGAGAAGAGGGUUGGAGAAUACCAGAAGGCAUCAGUGAUGUCGAGUUUGAAUGGAAAUGGAGAUACCCAUGUGUUCAAGAUUGAUGAAGACUUCUAA